AUUCUCUCAAUUUCAUCGGUAAUGAAUUUCUGAUCUUGAUUCACAAGUACAAAAAGAUGUUUCACAGAAAACCUGCAUCAUGACAGCGUCAUCAUAACCUGCACUCAUCAGGCCCCACCCCUAGCCUGUGAUUGGACAAUGUGAGAUAAUUAACUAAGCCACGCCCCCACUUGUGGUGUAUAAGUGUGUGAGCCAGAGCUGCAUCCACAAACUCAACACGACUUUGUAUUUCAUUUUUAUUCAGCAUUUUUAUUUAAUUGAAGGACGUUGAGAAUUUACAGUGUUGUAUUUCUUGUGUUAUUACAGGAGAACAUGUUCAUGAUGAAGAUCUCUGUAGUCCUCGCUGUCUUCAUUCUCAGUGUCUGUCACCUGUACAGCUCACAUGCAGUGCCGAUCAGACCUGCAUUAGACUCUUUAUCAGACCGGUUGGUUCUAAGUGAUUAUGAAGCUCGCAGGUUACUGAACGCCAUCGUUAAAGAGUUUGUGCAUAUGACAUUGGAAUCAGAUCAAAGGAUUGACAACAACAGCAAGAGCAGAGUGCUGGUGAAACGCUGCUCGAGCCUCAGCACCUGUGUCCUUGGAAAACUUUCACAAGAGCUGCACAAAUUACAGACGUUCCCGCGGACUGAUGUUGGUGCGGGCACGCCUGGCAAGAAACGCAGCGCCACCUAUGGGGAAAAGCUCGAUACUGCCUAAACCCUGCACCCUCCUUUAAUCUGCCUUUCUUUUCUCAUUCUAUCAUUUACCUCUCCAAUUCCUGUUGCAUGUGGAUUUCCUGCCUGAUUGAUUGACCCCCCCCCCCCCACACACACUUUUAUUUUCUGUCUGUGAAUGAGUACCUUUCUGUACAGAAUGUGGAUUUUCCCAAAUGUAGUUUUCUUACUAGAACCUCAGAUAUUUUAAGGCUCCAUCUGGAACUCUAGGAUGCGCCACACUAGAGUGUAUUCAGCCAAUCGGAGACAGGGGGCGGGACUAAUACAGACUUCCUACAUGGUAUCAUUUACAUUUCUUACAUACAGUGACAUGAAAGGCUGAUGAACUCACUGUGAGCGUGAACAGACACGUGAUCAACAUUUGUCUGAUUAAUGACAACCUAAAUGGGUUCUAGCCUGAGGAAGCUCCGUGACGUAGCAUCAGUGUGUAACUGCCUUACGUAGGAUUGACUAGUGGAGACUUUAUCAUAAUAAAAUAAACAAAGACAGACCCCACCUUCUGUCCCCUGAGGAACUCGUUCUUUCUAUCUGUAACAUGAAUGUAGAGACGUGACGUUUGUCAUGAACCUCCCUCGGAUGCAGUGAUGGAGAAAAGUCUUCAUUACUGAGUUUCUGUAACUGAGCUUUAAACAGCACCUAAAGCUGGAGUCAGUGACGAGCUGAGCGUGUAACAUAGUGUAAUAAACUUAUUUUUAUAUCAGGAA